AUGUUUUUAUUUUUCUUUUCCUUUGCACAAUCUUUCAACAUACCAUUUGAUGCUGAUGGAAAUAUCGACAUUGCAUCCUUUUUAGAAAAUGCUGGAGCUGAUACUCCAACAUUUAUUAAAAUCGACGAUGAAAAUGAUUCUCAGCUUCAAAAUUAUAUUGAUGUAGAUCGUACGAUAUCGGAAGGCAAUGCUGCUGCCACGAAGCGCCAAAAUGAAUUUUAUUCAUCUUCAAUUACGAUAUCAGGCAAUAUUGCCAUUACAAAUAACUACGCAUUUGGCACAGGUCCAGCAACUGGCUCUGGUGGUGGUAUUUUUAUUUCAUAUUGCACACUGCUUUGUGAAGGUGGCAAUACAGGUAAGCUAGAACUUGGAAAUAACGUCGCAACCGUUGGUGGUGGUCUCUGCUCAAUUGCUUCUGCAAUUUUACUAAAAGACUGCAAUGUACACAAUAAUACUGCUUAUCGUUAUGGUGGUGGUGUUUAUUACCAAGGAGAAAAUGACAAUGAUAACAGUAACACAAUGAUGUGCUAUGACUGCCAAUUUACAUCAAAUACAGGAUCAGAAUUCGGUGGUGGCCUUUCUUUCUCAAUGGCAGCUCAAGCCUAUUUACAAGUUUGCACAAUACAGAGCAAUAAAGCUGCUUACAAUGGAGCAGGUGUCUACUCUUGCAAUACAAAACUUCUUAAGAUUGUCAACUCUAAAAUCCUUUCAAAUACAUUAAACUACCAAACCCAAUUUAACAAUCAAGAAUCUGUAACUGAUCAAAGUAAACGGAAAAUAAUGGAAAUUUCUAACAUUCCAUCACUCAGUGUUCGUGGUGGUGGUGGUGUGGCAGCUGUUGCAGAUUAUGUCGAAAAUUCUGCGGGGCCACAAGCACAAUUUGUUUCACAAGGCAACUGCUAUGGAGGAAACUCUGCUGGUGACAAAGCAUAUUCAAGGGGACACGGCGCAGGUCAUGCUAUUUUGGUAGCUGGUAACUGCCAACUCCAGUCAAUGAAUGAUAACUUUGGCACUUAUUCAAAUAUUGAUAAUAUUGUUUCUGCGGCUGGCCCAAGUGUUAACUAUGGCCAGACUUCAAUUCAGUCUGAUGGUGAACUUACUAAUUGCGGAACUUUGAAUCCUAAUGCAGAUAAUCCAGAAACUAAAGCUGAACAUGCAAGAUCAAGUAAUCCUACUACAGUUCCCGAAAAAGAAACAUUUGAGAUCGUUGAUCCCACAUCGUACACAUAUGUCGCCACACCAAUUACUCGCUUACCAAGAGCAACAACAAGUUCACCUAUUCCUCCCAAAUAUUCAACUGCUAAGACAAAGGAAAGUGGUAAAAAUCCAUGGAUAGGUCAGGUCACAACAUUUACUGUAAAGGCAACUAACGUUAAAACACCCCAUUCAACACCACAUUCAACAGGACAUUCCACACCACAUUCUACUCCACAUUCAACACCCCAUUCCACACCAUUCAUCACACCAAUCACAUCUCCAAUUCCAACAAGAUCCGCCUUCUCAGGUUGGUACGUUCCACCAGCAUCAUUUGAAGGCCCAAGUACUAUUUCAGUAAUUUCUACAUGGUACGAAACAAAUGUCACCACAACUACAAUUAUUGAAGUAAACGAGACAGAUAAUAAGGGUGGUUACUAUAUUACAUACAAAGAAGAAGAAACCCAGACAAACACAAUGAUUGUCAUUGAAGUUGAAGCUAAUAUCCCACUCGCAGCUUUGGGUGGAGAUCCAACUCCAAAUGCAAAGUCCCAGCUUCCACUAAUUAUCGGUGCUGCUGUCGGUGGCGUUAUUUUGAUUGUUCUCAUUGCAGUUCUCGUUUGGUUCUUCACAACUCACGCUAAGCACGAGGAGUCCAGUGAUUCAUGCGUCGAAAUGGCAGAAGAAACAGUCUUCCGGGUCCCGAACAGCUCAACUGCUCCAGUCACAAACGACAACCCACUUUGGACAACUUCUGUCAUGGGAGAUACAGACGAUCCAUUCAAGAACGAUUUCGAAGAAGAGGGCGCUAAUGGAUUCUUCAAUAUCAAGGAUACUGGUCUUGAAUAA